UUUCGAUCAGUUUAAAAGCGACACACUGGUGCGCAGACGUGUCUUUACGGAUUUACACGAAGACAAGUUAAACAUUAUUAACCAUGCCUAAAAUAAAGGAACUGAUCGGCGAUGUCCUCCAAGGGAAAUCCGGUUCGAUUGACGUAGACAGCAUCAUGACCGCUGGCAAAAUAGUUGGAUUAUAUUUCUCUGCUCACUGGUGUCCUCCAUGCCGUGGCUUCACACCCACGCUGGCGACAUUUUACAACAACGUUAAGUCUAAGAAGAACUUUGAGAUCAUCUUCAUCAGUUCCGACAAGGAUGAGAGUUCAUUCAAAGAAUACUUAGAUUCCAUGCCCUGGCCCGCACUACCAUUUUCUGAUCGAGAUCGGAAGAAAGCCUUGUCGGAGAAGUUUGGGGUCACUGGGAUUCCCACACUGAUUCUGCUGGAUGAAGACGGUAAAGUGUUGAACAAAAAUGCGAGAGGGGAUGUGCUGGAUGAUCCGGAGGGGGAGGACUUCCCCUGGAAAAAUUAGACGCUUCAUUUGCAACAUGACACACAUUUCCACACAUGCCAACCUAGAAGAAACGGACGCAAUUUGUCUUGUACUUCUCACAACCAGAUUUUUCACCACAGACACUUACUAUUUCACUGAUUUUUUUUAAUUCAUUUUAAAAAUCUUUUUUUUUUUUUUUUUUUUUUUUUUUUAAAACUUGCGCAAAUUACAUUUAAGAUGGUUAGCUAAGCAAUUCCCAAUACUACACAAUAUUAUCACCCAAGAAAUUAAUUUUUAGUGAUAAUUUCAGUGGCUGCUGUGGGAAGGGUUGUAGGACCCAUCUCCCUAUGUGGACCCAUUGUUGCUGUUCACUUUUCAGUUCACAAGUUUCAGUAGUUGUAAGCAUUCAAAUGCAUACAGAGUUUUCUGAUUGGUUGUGUAUGAUGCUUUUUUGUGUAUCUGGUACCUUGAGAGAGGACUGGUGGAUUGUUUAUCUUCUGUAUCAUAGCUUGGAAUGUAUUUGUUUGGUAACUGAACUAAUACACACGAUGUAACAGCAAAUAUUGAACUUGAACCAUCACUGUUUAUACAAUAUACGUGAUUUAAUAGAAAUAAUAACUAAAGGAAAUUGUGUUACAUGCUCAAGGUGUUUGUUGACUAACAAUAUGAUUCAUGUAUCUUUAUAAUUACACAAAACAUUUUAUUUCUCCAUCUGUAUUUCCAUUGAGUAGUUGUUUUAUAAAAUGUUUUACUGUUUUGUCGUAUGCAAUCCCUUUGUUUGAGCAAGUCGUUGGCCAAUUUUAAAUUUUCAGGUUCCAAAUUGUUUUAGAAAAAUUUACAAAAUAAGACAACAAUUCGGUGUGUUUUUAAAGUUGAUAUAUUUUACAAGUGCUUUUUACCUUCCAGUUGCAAACAAUGUGAACAGGUUUAAGUGUCAUUUUGAGCUUUGUUCCAUCCAUUUGGCGCUUCCGGUGUGAAUACCUAGAAUGUGAGUUACUUUAGGUAAUAAAAUUGAGGUUUUAGAUUGAGGAUUUAACGAGGAAUACAUAUAUCUGAACGUUUGGUUAGUAAUAGUAUUGGAUAUCCCUGCACUGGACAAACAUUCAAAUUGAGCUCACGGCCGAGUCCAAAUAGCUCAACAAUUGAUCUUGCAAUUUAUGUAAAUCGUUUUCAGUUUUUGUAUUGGUACAUCUACUGGAGUGAUAUCACGCAGUGGUAAUGGGCAGUAAAUAGCAGAGCUUGUGCUUGUGGUGGUGUUAGUGUGGCCAGGACCCAUUACUGCCAGCUCGUUCAUGUAUCUUUAUGUAGAAAAUAAAAGUUAUUAUAUUUC